AUGCUGAAAGAUACACUGCCAUCAUUUCACUCUUACUCAAUCAUUGCGUCAUCAUUACGUAUGUGUGUCUUUCGUGCUAUGCUGAAGGCGAUUGUUGGAACUCUAUUCAUGAUCUUGAGUAUUCUUCAUCAACAAGGUGAAACUUUGAUUUUUAAUUUUGAUGAAACCAUAGCUGUUGGAUGCUCCAAACUAACUCAUCCUACGGUGGUGAAUUAA